AUGAACGGUGUCUGCGUGAGGUGGCGUGGCUGGAUCGAUGUAGAGCGUCUCGACGGCGUAGGCUGUCUGGAAUACAACGAAGAGAGGGCUGCACAAGAAGACGCCUUGCUUCGCGAGCAAAUCGAGCGCUACAACCAGAGGCUCAGGGAGUUCGAGGACAAGCAGCGGGGGUAUAGACAGGAGCGGCAGGACCACCAGGAUCUGGAGGUACGUCACGGGAUGCAGAGGCAGUAUAUGAAACUGUUUUGA